AUGAAUGGAGAUUCAGCGGUUUCUGUGAAUGGCACUGGAACACUUCAAGCCCCCAGGGCUCUGAAGACCAUGCCUAAGGCUGUCCCUCCUGAACCCAGGAUGGAGUUUCCUAUGACUUCCCAUAAUGAGGAGACCUAUCCCCAGCAGAGAGGCCCCAUUGCUGGGGUGUACUUGGAGGCCUUGGCCCAGCCCCUGAGUCUUUAUGAAGCUGUACAGCGGGGCCUUCUCCCAGCCAAGGUGGGACUGGCUCUUCUUGAAGCCCAGGCAGCUACUGGGGGCCUCAUCGACCCCACUCAAGGUCAGCUGCUCCCUGUGGCUGAGGCUGUGAGACAAGGACUGGUAGGCCUGGAGCUGAAAGAGAAAUUGCUCACAGCUGAGAGAGCCCUCACUGGCUACCCUGAUCCCUAUGGGCCAGGGAAGCUGCCCCUCUUCCAGGCUCUCCACAAGGAAGUUGUGGCCAGGAAUUCUGGCCUGAGUUGGUUGGAAGCCCAGCUGGCCACAGGUGGCAUAAUAGACCCUGCAGAGGGAGGUCGUGUCCCGCUGGAAUUGGCCUACCAGAGGGGCCUCCUGGAUGAGGAGACAGGCCACAGCCUGUCCAACCCCACAGUUGAUGGACCCCAGGCCUUCUCUGACCCCAAUACACAAGAGCCCCUCACCUACCAAGAGCUUAGGAGCAGGUGUGUGCUGAGCCCUGCCACAGGGCUGGCCCUGCUCCCACUCAAGGUCACUUUCCAGGCCCUGGGAGGGAUGGUGAGCAGUGAACAGCUUCUGGAGGCUGGCAUCCUGCCCAGAGAGGUAUAUGAGGACCUGAGGGAGGGGAGGCUGCUUGUAUCUGAGGUGAGAGCCCGUGAAGAAGUACAGCGUUAUUUGGAGGGAACAGGCAGUGUGGUUGGGGUCCUCGUGCUGUCCACAGGCCAGAGAAGGAGCAUCUACCAGGCCCUGAUGGAGCACCUCCUUCCCCCGGGCACUGCACUUGCCCUGCUCCAGGCUCAGGCUGCUACCUGCUCCCUCAUGGACCCUGCCAGUGAAAAGAAACUGGGGCUGGAUGAAGCUGUUAGGGCUGGACUCGUGGGGCCUGAAUUCCGGGAGAAACUCUUGGUAGCAGAGCGGGCAGUGACUGGGUACCCAGAUCCCUUCAGCAGGGGUCUCAUCCCCCUCUUUCAAGCCAUGAGAAAGGGGCUGGUACAGAAGGAGCUGGCACUACGGCUCCUAGAGGCUCAGCUGGCCACAGGGGGCAUUGUGGAUCCUGUUAGGAAACUCCGGCUGCCACUGGAGACAGCCUUCCAAUGGAACUGUCUGGAUAAGGAGACUUUUGCCAGUCUCUCCCAACCUACUGGCUUUUUUGACCCCAACACCCAGGAGAACCUCACCUAUGCGCAACUGCUAGUCCACUGUGUCACUGAUCCAGAGACUGGCUCCGUCUUCCUGCCCCUUGUGGGAGGAGAUCACACAGGGCACUCAGAGGGACACUGGUUCAUUGACCAUGCCACCCAGGAGGGCCUGAGGAAGGCCACAGUACUUGCUACAUCAGGAAAGCUCAAAGGACAAAGGGUGUCUCUCUGGAAGCUGCUCUUCUCGGAAGUCAUCCCAGCAGAACAGAGAGCCGCUCUGGCCCAUCAGUACCGGGAGGGAGCCCUCUCAACAGAGAUGCUGGCAUCCCAACUCAGCACCACCAUCGACCAGGCUGUCGCUGCCUCGCGCAUCACCUUCAAAGGUCUGAGGGAUCAUGUGACACCAAGGGAGCUUCUUAAGUCAGAGAUCAUCAAUAGGGACCUAUAUGAGAAGCUAGAGCAGGGACAGACAACAGCACAGGAUGUGGGAGGCCUUGACUCUGUCAGGAAGUACCUGCAAGGGACAGGAUGCAUCAGUGGCCUGCUCCUGCCCGACUCCCAGGAGAAGAUCAGUAUCUAUGAGGCCAGAAGGAAGGGCUACCUGAGACCGGGGACUUCCCUCAUCCUUCUGGAGGCCCAGGCAGCCACAGGUUUUGUUAUCGACCCAAAGGAAAACAAGAGAUACUCUGUAGAGGAUGCCCUCCGGGCCAAUGUCAUUGGACCUGAUGUUUAUGAAAAGCUACUGUCAGCCGAGAAAGCAGUGACAGGUUACACGGACCCAUACACAGGAGAUAGGCUCUCCUUGUUCCAGGCCAUGAACAAAGACCUCAUUGUUAGGGACCACGGCAUCCGCUUACUGGAGGCCCAGAUUGCCACAGGUGGUAUCAUCGACCCCGUGCACAGCCACCGGGUUCCUGUUGAGGUGGCCUACAAGCGUGGCUACUUUGACCGGACAAUGAACCUGAUCUUAUCUGACCCCUCAGAUGAUACCAGGGGAUUCUUUGACCCCAAUACACACGAGAAUCUCACCUACCUGCAGCUGUUGGAAAAGUGUGUGACUGAGCCAGCCACUGGUCUUUGUCUCUUGCCACUCAAUAGCCGGAAGCCUCAGCUGGUGAAUGAAACCACCCGACAGGCUUUCCAGAGCUCCCUCCUGCUGGUGAAGUACGGCAGGUUCAAAGGUCAGAGGGUCUCCAUCUGGGACCUGAUUAACUCCGAGUACUUCAGUGAGGGCCAGAGGAGGGAGAUUCUGACCCACUACAGGCUGCAGAAGGUAACCCUGCAGCAGAUUGUACAGAGAUUAGAGGAAGAGAUGAAAAAGUGGGCGGGCAUCACCCUGCCGACUCUCCGGGGCCGCGUCACUGCCUACCAGCUCCUGGAGUCUCACAUCAUUGACCGUGACCUCCUAGAGAAGGUCCUGGAAGGGAGCGUGAGCCCUGAGGAGCUCCUGAAGGUGGAGUCAGUCCGCAGGUACCUCCAUGGCUCGGGUACCAUUGGGGGAGUCCUCCUGCAGCCUUCUAACCAGAGGCUUAGUCUCUACGAAGCCAUGAAACAGAAACUGUUGGGACCUGGAGUGGCUCUUCCUCUCCUUGAAGCCCAAGCUGCAACUGGCUCCAUCAUCGACCCUGUGACCAAUGAGAAACUCUCUGUGGAUGAUGCUGUGCGAAAGGGAUUGGUGGGGCCAGAGCUCCAUGAGAAGCUCCAUUAUGCUGAGGAGGCAGUGACGGGCUUCACAGACCCCUUUACAGGUGAGAAGGUUUCCCUUUUCCAGGCCAUGAAGAAAGGUCUGGUCCCUUCUCAGCAGGCCGUUCAGCUCCUAGAGGCCCAGGUAGCUACAGGGGGCAUCAUUGACCCCACCAGCCACCAUCAUGUCCCCAUGGAAGUGGCCGCCCAGCGGGGUUACAUUGAUGAGGAGAUGGAGAGGACCCUUUCUGGAGCCUCCCCUGCCGCCAUCCAAACGUUCUCUACAGUGGACGGGAGUGAGAGCCUCAGCUACGCCCAGCUUAUGGAGAACUGCCGACAGGACAUGGCUUCUGGCUGUCAUCUGCUGCCCCUGCCCCAAACAGCUGCCCCCAUUUCCACAGAUGAGCAAAUUCAACAGAUCUUCCAGGGCACACCAGUGACUGAGAAGAAUAUCUCCCUCUGGGACCUGCUGUGCUCUGGGCACUUCACUGAGGAACACAGGGCAGCCUUCUUGGAAGACUUCCGGCUGGGGAAGAUGAUGGCCCAGGAAAUCGUAGCUGCUGCUCUCAGGCAAGUAAGAGAGGCUGAGCUGCAGGCUCAGACCCACAUCAUGCUACCAGGCCUACGGGGGGGUGUUCCUGCUGCCUGGCUGCUGGACACAGGAAUAAUUGACCUAGAGACACUGGAGGGACUGGUCCAAGGGAUACAGUCACCAAGCCAGGUUGCCAAGAGACCAGAGGUGAAGCGGUACCUACAGGGAACAGGAUGCAUUGCUGGGGUCCAGGUGGAAGGAUCCAAGGCCAAGAUGAGCAUCUACCAGGCCAUGAAAAGCAACUUGCUUCCCCCUGGCCUGGGGCUGAGGCUGCUGCAGGCCCAGCUGGCUGCAGGCUCACUUGUUGACCCACAGAACAACAGGAUGCUGUCUGUGGAAGAAGCAGUCAAGACCGGUGUGAUUGGGGGAGAGCUGAGUGAGCAGCUCACUCAGAUAGAGCAAGGAGCAACUGGCUAUAGUGAUCCCUACACAGGCAACACCAUCUCAGUUUGGCAGGCCAUGGGCAAGGGGCUCAUUGACCAGAGUGAGGGCUUCCUCCUUCUGCAGGUGCAGCUGGCUACAGGGGGCAUCAUAGACCCUAUCCACCACCUGCAUCUACCCCUGCCAGCUGCCUGCAGGCUUGGCUUCUUAGAUGAGGAGACAGGUCAGCUUCUAGGCAAGACCACUGGAGAUAAGAAAUUUUUCUUUGACCCUAACACCCGUGAUAAGUUGACAUACCAGGAGUUAAAGGACAGGUGCAUCUUGGACUCUGAGACGAGCCUGUGGCUGCUCCCACUUUCCCAAAGUGUGGCAUUGGAUGUAGAUGACCACACCAUCAUGGCUCUGAAAGCCAUGACAGUCCCCGUCAAGGUGGGGAGGUUCAAAGGCCAAACCAUGUCACUAUGGGACCUACUCCACUCUGAGUAUGUUAGUGCUGACAAGCAGAAGGAGUUAGUAAACCUGGGUCGCUCAGGAAGGGCUGCAGCCCUACGCCAGGUGGUCACAGAUGUCACUGCCCUCAUUGAGGAGACAGAGAAGAAGGCCAAGCAGAUCACGUUCCCUGGCCUCAGGAAGCAGGUGUCGGCCAAUGACCUGUUCAGAUCCCAGCUGAUUGACAAGAAAACACUGGAUGACCUGAACCAGGGGAAAAAAACAGUGCAUGAAGUAGCUGAGAUGGAGGGUGUGAAGCAGUUUUUGAAGGGGAGCAACUUCAUAGCUGGAGUCCUCAUCCAAGGCACAAAGGAGAGACUGAGCAUCUAUGAUGCCAUGCGGAGGCACAUACUGAGGCCCGGCACGGCCCUGGUGCUGCUAGAGGCCCAGGCUGCCACUGGCUUCAUCAUCGACCCCGUACAGAACAAGAAGAUGUCUGUAGAGCAAGCAUUAUCAGCUGGACUAAUUGGAAGGGAAGUGUACGAGAAACUUCUGAGUGCUGAGAAGGCAGUGACUGGUUACGUUGAACCCUACACCAAUAAACAAAUUUCCCUUUUUGAAGCCAUGAACAAAGGACUCAUCUUAAAGUCCCAUGCCAUCCGCCUUUUAGAGGCCCAGAUCGCUACGGGUGGCAUCAUUGACCCUGUGCACAGCCACCGUGUGCCUGUGGAGGUGGCCUACCAGCGUGGCUACUUUGAUGAGGAGAUGAACCAGAUCCUGUCGGACCCCUCGGAUGACACCAAGGGCUUCUUUGACCCCAACACCCACGAGAACCUCACUUACCUGCAGCUAUUGGAGAGGUGUAUUCAAGAGACAGAGACUGGGCUCUAUAUGUUGCAGAUAGUACAGAAAGGAGAAAGUUACAUUUACAUAGAUGAGGCCACAAAAGAGUUACUGCAGUCCAGGACCACCAAAGUGCUCAUCGGAAAAUUUGCCAAUCAGACUGUUUCCAUCUGGGACUUGCUUUCGUCACCAUAUUUCACGCAGCAAAAAAAGAGAGAUCUGGUCAGACAGUUCAAAUCAAAGAAUCUGCAUGUGGAGCAACUUUUAGAAAUUGUCAUGAACACGAUUGAGGAAACUGAGAAACAGAACCAAGCAAUUAAGGUGAAAGGAAUUCACGGGGAUGUGACGGCUGCUGAGCUGUUCAACUGUGGGAUCAUUGAUGAGAAAAUCCUCACUGGACUUCCAAAGGGAAAAAAGGCAGCAGAAAAACUUAGCCAACUCAAAGCAGUGAAAAGAUACAUGGAAGGGACAGGCUGCAUUGCUGGGGUGUUGAUGCCGUCAACAAAGGAGAAAAUAUGCAUCUAUGAGGCUAUGAAGAGAUCAGUGAUACCCGGGCCAAUUGGGAUGCAGCUUCUACAGGCUCAGGCUGCCACAGGCUUCAUCAUCAACCCUCUGCAGAACCAGAGACUGUCUGUGAAUGAAGCUGUGGCAGCAGGUGUGGUAGGUGAGGAGAUACUGGAGGACCUCCAAGAUGCAGAGAAGGCUGUCAUUGGCUAUCACGACCCAGACACAGGUGAGCGGAUCUCCCUCUACAAGGCCAUGAAGAAAGGUCUGGUAGAAAAAGAAGAAGCAAUGAGAAUGCUUGAGGCACAAGUGGCCACAGGCGGGGUAAUUGACCCGAGACAGGGACACCGCCUCCCUGUGGAUGUGGCAUACCAGCGUGGGUGCUUAGAGCCUGAAACAUACAGCUUACUGUCAAAUACGAAACAUGGGAGCAAAAGGUUCCAGGAUCCUAAUACACAUGAAAAGGUGAAUUAUGCAGAACUCCACGCAAGGUGUACGAAAGACGAAAAAACAGGAUUAGUUCUGCUUCCCAUAGUAAGGCAUGAUAAUUACAGGAAUAUUGAAGAAGUCACUGAGAAGGCACUCAAGGCAGAAAUAGUGAUGGUGGAAAAGGGAAAGUAUAAAGGAGAAAGAUUGUCAGUGUGGGACCUCCUGUGCUCUGAAUAUGUGACGGAAGAAAAGAAACGUGAACUAGUAAACAGGUAUAGGCAGGACACAUCACAAGCAUUAGAAAAUAUUGUGAAAAUAAUUUGGGAAUUAAUUGAGGAAAAAGAAAAGAAAAGAAAGGAGGUAUGGUUCAAGGGACUGAGAAAACAAGUGACAGCUUCUGAACUUUUCAAGGCUGAUAUCAUUGAUAAAGAUAUGUUGGAAGAAUUGGAGAAGGGACAAAAAAAAGUAACAGAAGUUGCUGAAAAAGAAAGAGUUAAAAAGUACCUUGAAGGGGCAAGCAGCAUUGCAGGCGUUAUGGUGCCCUCCAAAGUGGACCCGGCCAAGCUGGAGAAGAUGAGCAUCUACCAGGCCAUGUGGAAGGGCAUCCUGAGGCCCGGCACGGCGCUGGUGCUGCUGGAGGCCCAGGCCGCCACGGGCUUCGUCAUCGACCCGCUGCACAACCAGAAGCUGUCCGUGGAGGAGGCCGUGGCCGCAGGCGUGGUGGGCGGUGAGAUCCAGGAGAAGCUGCUGUCUGCGGAGAAGGCCGUCACCGGCUACACGGACCCGUACACGGGAGAGCAGAUCUCCCUCUUCCAGGCCAUGAAGAGGGACCUGAUCGUCAAGGACCACGGGGUGAGGCUGCUGGAGGCCCAGAUCGCCACGGGCGGCAUCAUCGACCCCGUGCACAGCCACCGCGUGCCCGUGGAGGUGGCCUACCAGCGCGGCUACUUUGACGAGGAGAUGAACCAGAUCCUGUCUGACCCCUCGGACGACACCAAGGGCUUCUUUGACCCCAACACCCACGAGAACCUCACCUACAUGCAGCUGCUGCGCAGGUGCGUCCACGACCCCGACACCGGCCUCUACAUGUUGCAGCUGGCGGAGAAGAGCUCCGCCGUGUCCCAGCUGAGCGAGCAGAUGCGCCGCGCCUUGCAGGCCGCCACGGUCACCGUCAACGGGGGCCUCUUCCGGGGCCAGACCGUGUCUGUGUGGGAGCUCCUGUUCUGCAGAGACGUGCCCGGAGAGGAGGCAGGCGCUGUGAGGAAAGUACGGGCGGGCACCCUGUCCAUCGAGGAGCUCACCAGUACCCUCACCAGCCUGGUGCUGGAGGCCGGGGACCAGCGUGACGCCGGCACGCGCAGCUCAAGGGAGCACACCUCCUCCCGGGAAGGCCUGCGCCCACGCAGUAGGCUGCAGGCCGCCACCAUGGAGGUGGAGGUCGGCCACUUGAGGGGGCGCAAGGUUCCCGUCUGGGACGUGCUGGUGUCCACGUACGUGACCGAGGUCACCCCCGGGAGGACCUCCUGACCAGUAUGACUCGGGGGCCCUGCCCCUGCCGGCGCUGACCGCAGGAUCACCACCAUCAUCGAAGAGGCGGAAGGGGUGCCGCAGGAGAGAGAAGCCCGUGCCAACGGGGGCUGGGGGUCUCCAGGAGGCCACAGCAGCGGUUAGCAGCAAACGCCCGCCGCCGCGGAGGAAGCUCUCGGGACCCUGAGGACCACCACGAUGGAGGUGAAGGUCGGACAGUUCAAGGGGCAGAAGGUGCCCGUGUGGGACGUGCUCUUCUCCACGUACCUGACCGAGGCCAAGAGGGAGGAGCUCUUGGCCCAGCACGCCUCUGGCGCCGUACCUGCAGCCCUCAUCGCCACCCUGACCACCAUCAUCGAGGAGACGGAGGAGAGAGCUGAGCAAGGUGUCUUUCGGGGCCUGAGGAGGCAGGUGUCGGCCUCGGAGCCGCACUCCAACAUCCUGGGCCUGGACAUGCUGCGGGACCUGGCCAGGGCACCAAGAGCCUGCAGGAGAUCACGGAGAUGGACUUCAGUCAAGAGGUACCUGGAGGGGACCAGCUGCAUCGCGGGCGUCCUGGUGCUCCAAGGCGGACCCGGCCAAGCUGGAGAGAUGAGCAUCUACCAGGCCAUGUGGAAGGGCAUCCUGAGGCCCGGCACGGCGCUGGUGCUGCUGGAGGCCCAGGCCGCCACGGGCUUCGUCAUCGACCCGCUGCACAACCAGAAGCUGUACGUGGAGGAGGCCGUUGGCGCAGGCGUGGUGGGCGGUGAGAUCCAGGAGAAGUGCUGCGCGGAGAAGGCCGUCACCGGCUACACGGACCCGUACACGGGAGAGCAAUCCCUCUUCCAGGCCUGAAGAGGGACCCUGAUCGUCAAGGACCACGGGGUGAGGCUGGAGGCCCAGAUCGCCACGGGCGGCAUCAUCGACCCCGUGCACAGCCACCGCGUGCUGGAGGUGGCCUACCAGCGCGGCUACUUUGACGAGGAGAUGAACCAGAUCCUGUCUGACCCCUCGGACGACACCAAGGGCUUCUUUGACCCCAACACCCACGAGAACCUCACCUAAAUGCAGAUGCUGCGCAGGUGCGUCCACGACCCCCGACACGGCCUCUACAUGUUGCAGCUGGCGGAGAAGAGCUCCGCCGUGUCCCGCUGAGCGAGCAGAUGCGCCGCGCCUUGCAGGCCGCCACGGUCACGUCACGGGGGCCUCUUCCGGGGCCAGACCGUGUCUGUGUGGGAGCUCCUGUUCUGCAGAGACGUGCCCGAGAGCAGGAGGCAGGCGCUGCUGAGGAAGUACCGGGCGGGCACCCUGUCCAUCGAGGAGCUCACCAGUACCCUCACCAGCCUGGUGCUGGAGGCCGUGGGACCAGCGUGACGCCUGCGCCCACGCAGUAGGCUGCAGGCCGCCACCAUGGAGGUGGAGGUCGGCCACUUGAGGGGGCGCAAGGUCCCCGUCUGGGACGUGCUGGUGUCCACGUACGUGACCGAGGUCACCCGGGAGGACCUCCUGACCCAGUAUGACUCGGGGGCCCUGCCCCUGCCGGCGCUGACCCGCAGGCUCACCACCAUCAUCGAAGAGGCGGAAGGGGUGCCGCAGGAGAGAGAAGCCCCAGCGGUAGCAAGCAGUGGAUGGCAGGAAGGCCAGACGGGCCCGGGAGGGGCGGAUGCAGACACGGAGAACGCCCGCCGCCGCGAGGAAGCUCUCGGGACCCUGAGGACCACCACGAUGGAGGUGAAGGUCGGACAGUUCAAGGGGCAGAAGGUGCCCGUGUGGGACGUGCUCUCCACGUACCUGACCGCGGCCAAGAGGGAGGAGCUCUUGGCCCAGCACGCCUCUGGCGCCGUGACCCUGCAGGCCCUCAUCGCCACCCUGACCACCAUCAUCGAGGAGACGGAGGAGAAGCUGAGCAAGGUGUCUUUCCGGGGCCUGAGGAGGCAGGUGUCGGCCUCGGAGCUGCGCACCUCCAACAUCCUGGGCCUGGACAUGCUGCGGGACCUGGCCCAGGGCACCAAGAGCCUGCAGGAGAUCACGGAGAUGGACUCAGUCAAGAGGUACCUGGAGGGGACCAGCUGCAUCGCGGGCGUCCUGGUGCUCCAAGGCGGACCGGCCAAGCUGGAGAAGAUGAGCAUCUACCAGGCCAUGUGGAAGGGCAUCCUGAGGCCCGGCACGGCGCUGGUGCUGCUGGAGGCCCAGGCCGCCACGGGCUUCGUCAUCGACCCGCUGCACAACCAGAAGCUCGUGGAGGAGGCCGUGGCCGCAGGCGUGGUGGGCGGUGAGAUCCAGGAGAAGCUGCUGUCUGCGGAGAAGGCCGUCACCGGCUACACGGACCCGUACACGGGAGAGCAGAUCUCCCUCUUCCAGGCCAUGAAGAGGGACCUGAUCGUCAAGGACCACGGGGUGAGGCUGCUGGAGGCCCAGAUCGCCACGGGCGGCAUCAUCGACCCCGUGCACAGCCACCGCGUGCCCGUGGAGGUGGCCUACCAGCGCGGCUACUUUGACGAGGAGAUGAACCAGAUCCUGUCUGACCCCUCGGACGACACCAAGGGCUUUGACCCCAACACCCACGAGAACCUCACCUACAUGCAGCUGCUGCGCAGGUGCGUCCACGACCCCGACACCGGCCUCUACAUGUUGCAGCUGGCGAAGAAGAGCUCCGCCGUGUCCCAGCUGAGCGAGCAGAUGCGCCGCGCCUUGCAGGCCGCCACGGUCACCGUCCACGGGGGCCUCUUCCGGGGCCAGACCGUGUCUGUGUGGGAGCUCCUGUUCUGCAGCGACGUGCCCGAGAGCAGGAGGCAGGCGCUGCUGAGGAAGUACCGGGCGGGCACCCUGUCCAUCGAGGAGCUCACCAGUACCCUCACCAGCCUGCACACCUCCUCCCGGGAAGGCCUGCGCCCACGCAGUAGGCUGCAGGCCGCCACCAUGGAGGUGGAGGUCGGCCACUUGAGGGGGCGCAAGGUCCCCGUCUGGGACGUGCUGGUGUCCACGUACGUGACCGAGGUCACCCGGGAGGACCUCCUGACCCAGUAUGACUCGGGGGCCCUGCCCCUGCCGGCGCUGACCCGCAGGCUCACCACCAUCAUCGAAGAGGCGGAAGGGGUGCCGCAGGAGAGAGAAGCCCGUGCCAACGGGGGCUGGGGGUCUCCAGGAGGCCACAGCAGCGGUAGCAGCAGUGGAUGGCAGGAAGGCCAGACGGGCCCGGGAGGGGCGGAUGCGGACACGGAGAACGCCCGCCGCCGCGAGGAAGCUCUCGGGACCCUGAGGACCACCACGAUGGAGGUGAAGGUCGGACAGUUCAAGGGGCAGAGUGCCGUGUGGGACGUGCUCUUCUCCACGUACCUGACCGAGGCCAAGAGGGAGGAGCUCUUGGCCCAGCACGCCUCUGGCGCCGUGACCCUGCAGGCCCUCAUCGCCACCCUGACCACCAUCAUCGAGGAGACGGAGGAGAAGCUGAGCAAGGUGUCUUUCCGGGGCCUGAGGAGGCAGGUGUCGGCCUCGGAGCUGCGCACCUCCAACAUCCUGGGCCUGGACAUGCUGCGGGACCUGGCCCAGGGCACCAAGAGCCUGCAGGAGAUCACGGAGAUGGACUCAGUCAAGAGGUACCUGGAGGGGACCAGCUGCAUCGCGGGCGUCCUGGUGCCCUCCAAGGCGGACCCGGCCAAGCUGGAGAAGAUGAGCAUCUACCAGGCCAUGUGGAAGGGCAUCCUGAGGCCCGGCACGGCGCUGGUGCUGCUGGAGGCCCAGGCCGCCACGGGCUUCGUCAUCGACCCGCUGCACAACCAGAAGCUGUCCGUGGAGGAGGCCGUGGCCGCAGGCGUGGUGGGCGGUGAGAUCCAGGAGAAGCUGCUGUCUGCGGAGAAGGCCGUCACCGGCUACACGGACCCGUACACGGGAGAGCAGAUCUCCCUCUUCCAGGCCAUGAAGAGGGACCUGAUCGUCAAGGACCACGGGGUGAGGCUGCUGGAGGCCCAGAUCGCCACGGGCGGCAUCAUCGACCUGCACAGCCACCGCGUGCCCGUGGAGGUGGCCUACCAGCGCGGCUACUUUGACGAGGAGAUGAACCAGAUCCUGUCUGACCCCUCGGACGACACCAAGGGCUUCUUUGACCCCAACACCCACGAGAACCUCACCUACAUGCAGCUGCUGCGCAGGUGCGUCCACGACCCCGACACCGGCCUCUACAUGUUGCAGCUGGCGGAGAAGAGCUCCGCCGUGUCCCAGCUGAGCGAGCAGAUGCGCCGCGCCUUGCAGGCCGCCACGGUCACCGUCCACGGGGUCUUCCGGGGCCAGACCGUGUCUGUGUGGGAGCUCCUGUUCUGCAGAGACGUGCCCGAGAGCAGGAGGCAGGCGCUGCUGAGGAAGUACCGGGCGGGCACCCUGUCCAUCGAGGAGCUCACCAGUACCCUCACCAGCCUGGUGCUGGAGGCCGGGGACCAGCGCCUGCGCCCACGCAGUAGGCUGCAGGCCGCCACCAUGGAGGUGGAGGUCGGCCACUUGAGGGGGCGCAAGGUCCCCGUCUGGGACGUGCUGGUGUCCACGUACGUGACCGAGGUCACCCAGGACCUCCUGACCCAGUAUGACUCGGGGGCCCUGCCCCUGCCGGCGCUGACCCGCAGGCUCACCACCAUCAUCGAAGAGGCGGAAGGGGUGCCGCAGGAGAGAGAAGCCCGUGCCAACGGGGGCUGGGGGUCUCCAGGAGGCCACAGCAGCGGUAGCAGCAGUGGAUGGCAGGAAGGCCAGACGGGCCCGGGAGGGGCGGAUGCGGACACGGAGAACGCCCGCCGCCGCGAGGAAGCUCUCGGGACCCUGAGGACCACCACGAUGGAGGUGAAGGUCGGACAGUUCAAGGGGCAGAAGGUGCCCGUGUGGGACGUGCUCUUCUCCACGUACCUGACCGAGGCCAAGAGGGAGGAGCUCUUGGCCCAGCACGCCUCUGGCGCCGUGACCCUGCAGGCCCUCAUCGCCACCCUGACCACCAUCAUCGAGGAGACGGAGGAGAAGCUGAGCAAGGUGUCUUUCCGGGGCCUGAGGAGGCAGGUGUGCUCGGAGCUGCGCACCUCCAACAUCCUGGGCCUGGACAUGCUGCGGGACCUGGCCCAGGGCACCAAGAGCCUGCAGGAGAUCACGGAGAUGGACUCAGUCAAGAGGUACCUGGAGGGGACCAGCUGCAUCGCGGGCGUCCUGGUGCCCUCCAAGGCGGACCCGGCCAAGCUGGAGAAGAUGAGCAUCUACCAGGCCAUGUGGAAGGGCAUCCUGAGGCCCGGCACGGCGCUGGUGCUGCUGGAGGCCCAGGCCGCCACGGGCUUCGUCAUCGACCCGCUGCACAACCAGAAGCUGUCCGUGGAGGAGGCCGUGGCCGCAGGCGUGGUGGGCGGUGAGAUCCAGGAGAAGCUGCUGUCUGCGGAGAAGGCCGUCACCGGCUACACGGACCCGUACACGGGAGAGCAGAUCUCCCUCUUCCAGGCCAUGAAGAGGGACCUGAUCGUCAAGGACCACGGGGUGAGGCUGCUGGAGGCCCAGAUCGCACGGGCGGCAUCAUCGGACCCCGUGCACAGCCACCGCGUGCCUGUGGAGGUGGCCUACCAGCGCGGCUACUUUGACGAGGAGAUGAACCAGAUCCUGUCUGACCCCUCGGACGACACCAAGGGCUUCUUUGACCCCAACACCCACGAGAACCUCACCUACAUGCAGCUGCUGCGCAGGUGCGUCCACGACCCCGACACCGGCCUCUACAUGUUGCAGCUGGCGGAGAAGAGCUCCGCCGUGUCCCAGACUGAUGCGAGCAGAUGCGCCGCGCUUGCAGGCGCCACGGUCACCGUCCACGGGGGCCUCUUCCGGGGCCAGGACGUGUCUGUGUGGGAGCUCCUGUUCUGCAGAGACGUGCCCGAGAGCAGGAGGCAGGCGCUUGCUGAGGAAUACCGGGCGGGCACCCUGUCCAUCGAGGAGCUCACCAGUACCCUCACCAGCCUGCACACCUCCUCCCGGGAAGGCCUGCGCCCACGCAGUAGGCUGCAGGCCGCCACCAUGGAGGUGGAGGUCGGCCACUUGAGGGGCAAGGUCCCCGUCUGGGACGUGCUGGUGUCCACGUACGUGACCGAGGUCACCCGGGAGGACCUCCUGACCCAGUAUGACUCGGGGGCCCUGCCCCUGCCGGCGCUGCCCCGCAGGCUCACCACCAUCAUCGAAGAGGCGGAAGGGGUGCCGCAGGAGAGAGAAGCCCGUGCAACGGGGGCUGGGGGCCAGACGGGCCCGGGAGGGGCGGAUGCGGACACGGAGAACGCCCGCCGCCGCGAGGAAGCUCUCGGGACCCUGAGGACCACCACGAUGGAGGUGAAGGUCGGACAGUUCAAGGGGCAGAAGGUGCCCGUGUGGGACGUGCUCUUCUCCACGUACCUGACCGAGGCCAAGAGGGAGGAGCUCUUGGCCCAGCACGCCUCUGGCGCCGUGACCCUGCAGGCCCUCAUCGCCACCCUGACCACCAUCAUCGAGGAGACGGAGGAGAAGCUGAGCAAGGUGUCUUUCCGGGGCCUGAGGAGGCAGGUGUCGGCCUCGGAGCUGCGCACCUCCAACAUCCUGGGCCUGGACAUGCUGCGGGACCUGGCCCAGGGCACCAAGAGCCUGCAGGAGAUCACGGAGAUGGACUCAGUCAAGAGGGUCCCUGGAGGGGACCAGCUGCAUCGCGGGCGUCCUGGUGCCUCCAAGGCGGACCCGGCCAAGCUGGAGAAGAUGAGCAUCUACCAGGCCAUGUGGAAGGGCAUCCUGAGGCGCACGGCGCUGGUGCUGCUGGAGGCCCAGGCCGCCACGGGCUUCGUCAUCGACCCGAUGCACAACCAGAAGCUGUCCGUGGAGGAGGCCGUGGCCGCAGGCGUGGUGGGCGGUGAGAUCCAGGAGAAGCUGCUGUCUGCGGAGAAGGCCGUCACCGGCUACACGGACCCGUACACGGGAGAGCAGAUCUCCCUCUUCCAGGCCAUGAAGAGGGACCUGAUCGUCAAGGACCACGGGGUGAGGCUGCUGGAGGCCCAGAUCGCCACGGGCGGCAUCAUCGACCCCGUGCACAGCCACCGCGUGCCCGUGGAGGUGGCCUACCAGCGCGGCUACUUUGACGAGGAGAUGAAGAUCCUGUCUGACCCCUCGGACGACACCAAGGGCUUCUUUGACCCCAACACCCACGAGAACCUCACCUACAUGCAGCUGCUGCGCAGGUGCGUCCACGACCCCGACACCGGCCUCUACAUGUUGCAGCUGGCGGAGAAGAGCUCCGCCGUGUCCCAGCUGAGCGAGCAGAUGCGCCGCGCCUUGCAGGCCGCCACGGUCACCGUCCACGGGGGCCUCUUCCGGGGCCAGACCGUGUCUGUGUGGGAGCUCCUGUUCUGCAGAGACGUGCCCGAGAGCAGGAGGCAGGCGCUGCUGAGGAAGUACCGGGCGGGCACCCUGUCCAUCGAGGAGCUCACCAGUACCCUCACCAGCCUGGUGCUGGAGGCCGGGGACCAGCGCCUGCGCCCACGCAGUAGGCUGCAGGCCGCCACCAUGGAGGUGGAGGUCGGCCACUUGAGGGGGCGCAAGGUCCCCGUCUGGGACGUGCUGGUGUCCACGUACGUGACCGAGGUCACCCGGGAGGACCUCCUGACCCAGUAUGACUCGGGGGCCCUGCCCCUGCCGGCGCUGACCCGCAGGCUCACCACCAUCAUCGAAGAGGCGGAAGGGGUGCCGCAGGAGAGAGAAGCCCGUGCCAACGGGGGCUGGGGCCAGACGGGCCCGGGAGGGGCGGAUGCGGACACGGAGAACGCCCGCCGCCGCGAGGAAGCUCUCGGGACCCUGAGGACCACCACGAUGGAGGUGAAGGUCGGACAGUUCAAGGGGCAGAAGGUGCCCGUGUGGGACGUGCUCUUCUCCACGUACCUGACCGAGGCCAAGAGGGAGGAGCUCUUGGCCCAGCACGCCUCUGGCGCCGUGACCCUGCAGGCCCUCAUCGCCACCCUGACCACCAUCAUCGAGGAGACGGAGGAGAAGCUGAGCAAGGUGUCUUUCCGGGGCCUGAGGAGGCAGGUGUCGGCCUCGGAGCUGCGCACCUCCAACAUCCUGGGCCUGGACAUGCUGCGGGACCUGGCCCAGGGCACCAAGAGCCUGCAGGAGAUCACGGAGAUGGACUCAGUCAAGAGGUACCUGGAGGGGACCAGCUGCAUCGCGGGCGUCCUGGUGCCCUCCAAGGCGGACCCGGCCAAGCUGGAGAAGAUGAGCAUCUACCAGGCCAUGUGGAAGGGCAUCCUGAGGCCCGGCACGGCGCUGGUGCUGCUGGAGGCCCAGGCCGCCACGGGCUUCGUCAUCGACCCGCUGCACAACCAGAAGCUGUCCGUGGAGGAGGCCGUGGCCGCAGGCGUGGUGGGCGGUGAGAUCCAGGAGAAGCUGCUGUCUGCGGAGAAGGCCGUCACCGGCUACACGGACCCGUACACGGGAGAGCAGAUCUCCCUCUUCCAGGCCAUGAAGAGGGACCUGAUCGUCAAGGACCACGGGGUGAGGCUGCUGGAGGCCCAGAUCGCGGGCGGCAUCAUCGACCCCGUGCACAGCCACCGCGUGCCCGUGGAGGUGGCCUACCAGCGCGGCUACUUUGACGAGGAGAUGAACCAGAUCCUGUCUGACCCCUCGGACGACACCAAGGGCUUCUUUGACCCCAACACCCACGAGAACCUCACCUACAUGCAGCUGCUGCGCAGGUGCGUCCACGACCCCGACACCGGCCUCUACAUGUUGCAGCUGGCGGAGAAGAGCUCCGCCGUGUCCCAGCUGAGCGAGCAGAUGCGCCGCGCCUUGCAGGCCGCCACGGUCACCGUCCACGGGGGCCUCUUCCGGGGCCAGACCGUGUCUGUGUGGGAGCUCCUGUUCUGCAGAGACGUGCCCGAGAGCAGGAGGCAGGCGCUGCUGAGGAAGUACCGGGCGGGCACCCUGUCCAUCGAGGAGCUCACCAGUACCCUCACCAGCCUGGUGCUGGAGGCCGGGGACCAGCGCCUGCGCCCACGCAGUAGGCUGCAGGCCGCCACCAUGGAGGUGGAGGUCGGCCACUUGAGGGGGCGCAAGGUCCCCGUCUGGGACGUGCUGGUGUCCACGUACGACCGAGGUCACCGGGAGGACCUCCUGACCCAGUAUGACUCGGGGGCCCUGCCCCUGCCGGCGCUGACCCGCAGGCUCACCACCAUCAUCGAAGAGGCGGAAGGGGUGCCGCAGGAGAGAGAAGCCCGUGCCAACGGGGGCUGGGGGUCUCCAGGAGGCCACAGCAGCGGUAGCAGCAGUGGAUGGCAGGAAGGCCAGACGGGCCCGGGAGGGGCGGAUGCGGACACGGAGAACGCCCGCCGCCGCGAGGAAGCUCUCGGGACCCUGAGGACCACCACGAUGGAGGUGAAGGUCGGACAGUUCAAGGGGCAGAAGGUGCCCGUGUGGGACGUGCUCUUCUCCACGUACCUGACCGAGGCCAAGAGGGAGGAGCUCUUGGCCCAGCACGCCUCUGGCGCCGUGACCCUGCAGGCCCUCAUCGCCACCCUGACCACCAUCAUCGAGGAGACGGAGGAGAAGCUGAGCAAGGUGUCUUUCCGGGGCCUGAGGAGGCAGGUGUCGGCCUCGGAGCUGCGCACCUCCAACAUCCUGGGCCUGGACAUGCUGCGGGACCUGGCCCAGGGCACCAAGAGCCUGCAGGAGAUCACGGAGAUGGACUCAGUCAAGAGGUACCUGGAGGGGACCAGCUGCAUCGCGGGCGUCCUGGUGCCCUCCAAGGCGGACCCGGCCAAGCUGGAGAAGAUGAGCAUCUACCAGGCCAUGUGGAAGGGCAUCCUGAGGCCCGGCACGGCGCUGGUGCUGCUGGAGGCCCAGGCCGCCACGGGCUUCGUCAUCGACCCGCUGCACAACCAGAAGCUGUCCGUGGAGGAGGCCGUGGCCGCAGGCGUGGUGGGCGGUGAGAUCCAGGAGAAGCUGCUGUCUGCGGAGAAGGCCGUCACCGGCUACACGGACCCGUACACGGGAGAGCAGAUCUCCCUCUUCCAGGCCAUGAAGAGGGACCUGAUCGUCAAGGACCACGGGGUGAGGCUGCUGGAGGCCCAGAUCGCCACGGGCGGCAUCAUCGACCCCGUGCACAGCCACCGCGUGCCCGUGGAGGUGGCCUACCAGCGCGGCUACUUUGACGAGGAGAUGAACCAGAUCCUGUCUGACCCCUCGGACGACACCAAGGGCUUCUUUGACCCCAACACCCACGAGAACCUCACCUACAUGCAGCUGCUGCGCAGGUGCGUCCACGACCCCGACACCGGCCUCUACAUGUUGCAGCUGGCGGAGAAGAGCUCCGCCGUGUCCCAGCUGAGCGAGCAGAUGCGCCGCGCCUUGCAGGCCGCCACGGUCACCGUCCACGGGGGCCUCUUCCGGGGCCAGACCGUGUCUGUGUGGGAGCUCCUGUUCUGCAGAGACGUGCCCGAGAGCAGGAGGCAGGCGCUGCUGAGGAAGUACCGGGCGGGCACCCUGUCCAUCGAGGAGCUCACCAGUACCCUCACCAGCCUGGUGCUGGAGGCCGGGGACCAGCGUGACGCCGGCACGCGCAGCUCAAGGGAGCACACCUCCUCCCGGGAAGGCCUGCGCCCACGCAGUAGGCUGCAGGCCGCCACCAUGGAGGUGGAGGUCGGCCACUUGAGGGGGCGCAAGGUCCCCGUCUGGGACGUGCUGGUGUCCACGUACGUGACCGAGGUCACCCGGGAGGACCUCCUGACCCAGUAUGACUCGGGGGCCCUGCCCCUGCCGGCGCUGACCCGCAGGCUCACCACCAUCAUCGAAGAGGCGGAAGGGGUGCCGCAGGAGAGAGAAGCCCGUGCCAACGGGGGCUGGGGGUCUCCAGGAGGCCACAGCAGCGGUAGCAGCAGUGGAUGGCAGGAAGGCCAGACGGGCCCGGGAGGGGCGGAUGCAGACACGGAGAACGCCCGCCGCCGCGAGGAAGCUCUCGGGACCCUGAGGACCACCACGAUGGAGGUGAAGGUCGGACAGUUCAAGGGGCAGAAGGUGCCCGUGUGGGACGUGCUCUUCUCCACGUACCUGACCGAGGCCAAGAGGGAGGAGCUCUUGGCCCAGCACGCCUCUGGCGCCGUGACCCUGCAGGCCCUCAUCGCCACCCUGACCACCAUCAUCGAGGAGACGGAGGAGAAGCUGAGCAAGGUGUCUUUCCGGGGCCUGAGGAGGCAGGUGUCGGCCUCGGAGCUGCGCACCUCCAACAUCCUGGGCCUGGACAUGCUGCGGGACCUGGCCCAGGGCACCAAGAGCCUGCAGGAGAUCACGGAGAUGGACUCAGUCAAGAGGUACCUGGAGGGGACCAGCUGCAUCGCGGGCGUCCUGGUGCCCUCCAAGGCGGACCCGGCCAAGCUGGAGAAGAUGAGCAUCUACCAGGCCAUGUGGAAGGGCAUCCUGAGGCCCGGCACGGCGCUGGUGCUGCUGGAGGCCCAGGCCGCCACGGGCUUCGUCAUCGACCCGCUGCACAACCAGAAGCUGUCCGUGGAGGAGGCCGUGGCCGCAGGCGUGGUGGGCGGUGAGAUCCAGGAGAAGCUGCUGUCUGCGGAGAAGGCCGUCACCGGCUACACGGACCCGUACACGGGAGAGCAGAUCUCCCUCUUCCAGGCCAUGAAGAGGGACCUGAUCGUCAAGGACCACGGGGUGAGGCUGCUGGAGGCCCAGAUCGCCACGGGCGGCAUCAUCGACCCCGUGCACAGCCACCGCGUGCCCGUGGAGGUGGCCUACCAGCGCGGCUACUUUGACGAGGAGAUGAACCAGAUCCUGUCUGACCCCUCGGACGACACCAAGGGCUUCUUUGACCCCAACACCCACGAGAACCUCACCUACAUGCAGCUCCUUCAGAGGUGUGCUUUGGAUCCUGAGACUGGCCUUUAUUUCCUUUCUCUUAAGUAA